AUGAUCGAGGAUGUUAUCAACGACAGCGACCUUCAGCUCGGCGAGAGCCUUAUCGAGAAAGAGCGCGACCAAUCCCUCUGGGCUUCGGCCAUGUCACACAAGCGGAUCUUGGCCCAUUCUCUCGCUGCGCUUCUGGCUGGAGGAGUCUUUGGCUACGACAGCGUCAUCAAUGGGGCCUCGUUGUCCAUGCCUGCCUUUCUCCUCUAUUUUGGCGAACACACGGCAACCGGCUCGUUGUUCGUCCCAUCCAUCUGGGCCUCUUUGUGGACCGCCAUGUCGUACCUUCUACAAGCCAUUGGCGGUUUUGGCAUUGGAUUCGUCUCUGACCGCAUCGGGCGGAAAUGGGCGUGUGUUGCUGCCUCAUGUAUCUCCAUUGUCGGCGUUGGGGUACAAUUCGCCGCUACCAGCCGAGGCAUGCUUCUUGGUGGCAAAAUGAUCAACGGUUUCGCCAUUGGCUGCAUUUUUGCCUCAGCAACGGCGUGGGCGUCUGAGAUCUCGCCUUUGCGUCUUCGCGGUCCUAUGCAGUCUAGUAUCGUCCUCUUCAUGGUCUUGAUGCAAGCAAUUGGCCUUAUCACGAUUCGUGUUUACAUCAGUAACCUCACACCCCACGCCUUCCGUAUGGUGUUCGCUUUGCAAUGGAUCUGGCCCGCCGCUGCUGGUCUUGCAUUCCUCGUCAUGCCUGAGUCACCAAAUUUCCUAGUACAGAGAGGCAAGAUUGACGCCGCAAAGAAAGCGCUUCAGCGUCUGUAUGGGUCUCAGAACCACAUUAACGCACGUCUUGCUGUAAUUCGUAAGCAGGUCGACCAAGAACGCCUCCAGUCAGAGGCACACGGCGACGCAAGCUACCUGGAGCUGUUCAGUGGUACAAACUUCAAGCGAACUUUCACGGUCAUCUGGCUAUUCCUUGCCACCGGACUCAACGGCGCGGCCCUCCUAUCUCAGAACAUAUACUUUCUGAUUAUCGCUGGACUUCCAGCAAUUCAUGGAUUCGAUGUCGGUAUUGGUGGCUUCGGUCUCGCUGUUGUUGCGAUCGUGCUCAGUUGGUUCUACAUGGAGAAAUUCGGUCGUCGUUCACUAUGGCUUGCGGGUGUAGGAGGCAACAUUGUCGUCAUGGCAAUAAUUGGUGCCCUGGAUUACUCACCCGCUAAAGGCAGUCUGUGGGCAAUUGCUAUUCUGAUGAAUGUCCUCAUUGCGUGGCAGAUUCUCACCAUAACUUCGAUAGGCUGGGUCAUCACCGCCGAGUUGUCCUCGUACCGCUUGCGAGCGAAGACACAAUCCAUCGGUGUCAUGGCGAGUGCCGGAACGACAUGGCUGUUCACUUUCACGGUGCCAUACAUGUACAAUACCGACGCGGGCAACCUUGGCGCCCGCACUGGCUUCGUAUUCAUGGGCAGCUCUGUGCUUUUGCUGAUUGGGUCUUGGUUCCUGGUACCAGACCUUAAAGGCUUCACCACUGAGGAAGUAGAUUGGCUCUACAAGCAGAAGAUCUCAGUUAGGCAUUUCCAGCAGUAUGCUGAUGGGAGGGCAAAAGAGGGCGCAGCUAUGAGCGCUGAAGAUACAACAGGUAAAUAA